AUGGUGUCAGGACGACAACCAACCAGUGAUGGACGAGAGCGAGGGAAUCAUCCCCGUGAGAGAAGUGGUGUUGACAACAACAGUUCUUUUGGUUUGCUUGGAAGCGGAGAAAUGGAUGCAGAGUUGUCAGAGCGCUUCAAAAAUGGUCGCUGUUAUCCAAACAGUCACAAUGCCUUGAGGAAUACACCCGAGGACGGACCCGUCUCCACUCUCUGUUUGGAUAUUCGUGACUACCACCAGAAACAAAAACAGAUCCAUUCUACAUCCGAUAAGGAUGCCUGGCUUUCUCAAGACGAGGUGCCUACAAAGCAAGAACUGGUAGUUAACGAAGCCAGUCUCUAUCCAAACAAAAUUGACAUCCCCUACAAGAGCAAGGACCGAUACCUGAAAACCCAUUUUGAACUACUUCGGGAGGACGCUGUCGGUUGCCUUCGUGAUGCUUUCCAGGAUUUCUGCCAGGACCCGGCGACUGGUGACACCGACAAGUACUCGGUAUACGACCAAGUCCACAUUGUCGGCUUUACUUUUGCGCGUCGAGGACUUGCUGCCAGGAUCAAAUUCACAACACAUCGAGCAGGAAAACGCAUCAAAUGGGCCAACAGUAAGAGACUUGUCAGUGGCACUAUUGUUGCACUCAUCCCAGCAAAAGCCAAGAGCAUAGAUUUGAAUGAGGUGGUUGUGGCUGUCAUCGCAGCAAGGCCACUGGCUGGAUUGUUGUGCGAACCUCCGGAGGUCGACAUAUAUUUCUCGCGCCCCGAAGAAAUCCAGCUUGACCCCCAGAAAGAAUGGCUCAUGAUCGAAGCAAAGCAAGGAUACUUUGAAGCGCACCGUCACACAUUGAAAGCCUUGCAGAAGCUAAGCCAAGAGACCUUCCCCAUGCACGAUCACAUUUGCCAUCUUUUCCCCUCUGUCCAAGCUCCCGCCUACAUUCAAGAGAAUCCUAUUCUUGACCUGAGCGCAGCUGCGACUCCGGCGCAGAAGCAAGAAUACUCCAGUGUGGACGUUACCAAAGAUUGGCCUCCGGCUCCCGCCGAGUCACUAGACGAUACGCAAUGGGAGGCUCUGAAAGAGAUUCUUACCAGGAGACUGGCCAUUAUCCAAGGCCCACCUGGGACAGGGAAGACAUAUAUCUCGAGAAUCGCACUUGAGAUUCUGCUGGCGAAUCGAAAGACGGAAUCAGAUCCACCUAUAGUCAUUGCUGCUCAGACAAAUCACGCGCUCGACCAGCUUUUGCAGCAUAUCUCGGCCGUUGAACCUAACUAUGUUCGACUGGGAGGUCGUUCGUCCAAUCCCGACGUUCAGAAACGGGCUUUGUUUGCACUUCGGAAAAGCGAGCGACUGAAGCCAGUUCCAGGCGGAUUGCUAGGCAGAACGAAUAACCUUCUGACCAAACAAACACACAUCAUGACUGAGAUCUUGGAACCUUUUGUUAUGACGGGGCCAGAUCCAUGGUCCACGGAUUUAGUUUCUGGCCCUAAGAUGCUCGAAAAGCUGGGAGCUAUCAGCGCUCAACAAGCCCAGUCGCUCGAGCUUGGUGCGUCUCGAUGGGUUUCUGCAACCACCGCACAAGAAGGCUCUAUAAAAUUGUGGCUGGACAAAGCACUUGUGCCGUUCGAGGUCAAGUACACACAAGAGAAGUACGGCUUUGAGGAAGUCGAAGAUGACGAUCUCGAAUUCGAGCAGCUCAGAGAACAUGAAGAUUCUACAGGAAUCAAUGAUGCGGAGGAUAUUGAGUUGCUAAAAGGCCCGUGGAAAGAGCUCCUCGACAGAUUCACUGUUCCGCCUUCGACGGCAACGAAUCUCGCCAGGGCGACGAAGCUGCUGGAUACGGUUUCAGACUUGUGGAAGAUUCCGUCAUCCUACCGCGGCGCUGUUUACCAUAUUAUUCGAUCACGAGCGACGGACGCAAUUACAGCCAAGUUCCGUAAGGCAGCUGUGAUCUACGACCAGCACGUCAAAGACAAUCUUGUUGGCAAAUGGGAACAAGAUAUUGUCUAUCUCCAACGAGCCUCUGUUAUCGGCAUGACAACCACUGGCUUGAGCAAGUACAGACCUCUCGUUGCAGCUAUCAAACCAAAGAUUAUCCUCAUCGAAGAGGCAGCCGAGGUCCUGGAAGGGCCCAUCGCGGUCGCAUGCAUGGAAAGCCUCGAACAUCUCAUCCUAGUAGGAGAUCAUCAACAGCUCCAAGGUCACUGUAGCGUGAGAGAAUUGGAAGGCAAACCCUUCAACCUGAAUGUGUCACUGUUUGAAAGACUUGUGCAGAACAACAUGCCUUUCAAAAUGCUGCUCCACCAGCGUCGAAUGAUGCCCGAAUUUCGCCGACUCAUCUCUGUCCUCUAUCCGCAUUUGAUGGAUCAUCAUAGUGUCGUCGAUCGUUCAGUCGAGGCAUGGGGUAUGGGCAAUGUCAAAUCUUUCUUCUUCGACCAUGACUGGUGGGAUGCGAAAGACGAGUCCCUCUCGACAUACAACUCGGAAGAGGCCAAAUUCGUGGCUGGGUUCUACCGAUACCUCUGCAGGAAUGGUGUCGACCCGUCGCAGAUCACCAUACUGACCUUCUACAACGGACAACGCAAACGUCUACUCAUUGAGUUGAAAGCUUUCCCAGAAUUUCGGGGCAUCAAACUCAACGUGAAAACUGUCGAUUCCUACCAGGGAGAAGAAAACGACAUUGUCAUUCUGUCUCUGGCGCGAAACAAUGAGGAGGGCAAAAUCGGCUUCUUGUCCAACAGCAAUAGAACCUGUGUAGCUCUUUCGCGGGCGAAAUACGGCUUCUACCUUUUUGGAAACUCUGCCAGUCUCAUGCGUGGGAAUGGGCCUGGCGGAUCGUUGCCUGACAUGACUGUCAAGGGAGACCAUAAACAUGAGGAUGUAUGGGGUUCAAAGAUCAAUGGUCAGAAAUUCACCCAUACCGGCAGUGCGUCUUGCUUACCUCUACAGGCGAUUCCUCUCGAGAGUAGAAGUGGUAUUGAACCGCGCCAUAUCCCAGCAUUGCCCCCUUUUAUUGGUUUAUUGCUACCCACGCAGCAGGGACUGUCGAAUGCCGACGACCGGGGAUGCGCAACUUCGAGUCCGGCAUCGCAAAAGACACUUGAAAGCAAUUCAUUGUCUCCACAAAAACAGGGGGAGCUUCGGAAGGGCUGGAAAGACUUUGCAGAGGGAGGUUUUUUCGCUGAUGACGAACGUCUAAAUCUGCUCAAGUCGCAGACACCGCCUCGCAAACACCGAAGCGGACUCCUCGGAGUCGAGCCAGCUUCAUAUCCAAGAUCCCACUGGGAGCAUCAGGCGAACUCUCAGGUGUUGCCACUCAAGGAAGAAGCUGUUGUAGCCAUAAACAAUGGCAGAACACGAUACUUGCACGAAUUUCACCCACAACCGGCCCACGGCGAAGAUUUAUUGUGCCCCGACACACUCGACACUCAAACUGAAGACAAAAUGUACACUAUCAGACAGAUGAAUCAAGUCCCAAACUCUCAAAGCGUGACAGCAAAGUCAGAGAAUGAUAAGGAGGAGCGCGAGUCAGAAUUCAGCAUUUUCACGGGGCGCAAUAAACCGACCCCUCCGGGAAUGGAACAACAAUCAAAAGAGGGUGGCAAAUCCCGGAAGACCGCCAACGAUAUUCUGAAUGACUUGAAGGAGGUUGAUAUGUAUUUCCAGAACUCUUGA